ACCAGAGGAUAUUAGUCAGUUGCCUGUCGGUGGCGUGAAAUCAGAGGUACCCUCUUAUGUCGGAUACACGUUUUCGUCCUGCUUGAAUCAUUGUCCGUUUAGAAUCCACGUUGCCAUGAUGACCGUCCCAUUGAUGAAGGAGAGAUUUAGACAGGGAUUAUGGUUCCACCCAAACAUAUCAGGGAUGGAUGCAGAAACGCUCCUGAUGCAUCGUGGCACAGAUGGAAGCUUCCUGGCGAGACCGAGCAAAAGCAAGGAAGGGGACUUCACUCUGUCAGUCAGACGCAAUGGUGAAGUCACCCACAUCAAGAUCCAGAACACGGGGGACUUCUAUGACCUCUACGGGGGAGAGAAGUUUGCCACCCUGGCAGAACUCGUGCAGAACUACAUGGAAAGGCACAGCCAGUUGAAGGAAAAGAAUGGAGAAGUCAUCGAGUUGAAGUACCCUCUGAUAUCAGAAGACCCAACUCCAGAGAGAUGGUUUCAUGGUCAUAUAUCUGGAAAAGAGGCCGAAAAGUGUUUAAUGGACAAGGGUAAAAAUGGCAGUUACUUGGUGCGAGAGAGUCAAAGCAAACCGGGUGACUUUGUUCUUUCUGUCAGAUGUGAGGAUAAAAUAACACACGUCAAGAUUCGAUAUCACGAAGAGAAGUAUGAUGUCGGUGGAGGGGAGCAGUUCCAGACACUGUCAGAACUAGUAGAUCAUUACAAGAAGAACCCAAUGGUGGAAACAUCAGGCACCGUUGUCCAUCUUAAAAUGCCGUUCAAUGCCACUCGAAUCACUGCAUCUGGUAUCGACAAUCGCAUCAAACAGCUGCAGGCUGAGAAGGAGAAUGACAAAAACAAGGGAGGUUUCUGGGACGAGUUUGAGCAACUGCAGCAGCAAGAAGUUCGCCACCUGUACAGCCGAAAGGAAGGCAUGAGACCAGAAAACAAAGCUAAAAAUAGAUACAAAAAUAUUUUACCAUUUGACCACACAAGGGUGUUAUUGAAGGACUGUGACCCCAACGUUGUGGGGGCUGACUACAUCAAUGCCAACCUGAUCACAGCUGAGGAGGACAGCUUGGAACCAAAGAAGACGUACGUUGCCACCCAGGGUUGUCUCCCCCACACUGUUGCUGACCUUUGGCGAAUGGUCUGGCAGGAAAACUCUCGGGUCAUCGUCAUGACAACUAAAGAAGUGGAAAGGGGAAAGAACAAGGCUGUGCGAUACUGGCCAGAUAACUCUGAAAAAGAGCUUGUGAAACCUAUCCCUGAUGGCUGUGUCAAGGUGAAACUAGUCAGUGAGGUCACCGAGACAGAUUACAUCACAAGGGAAUUGGAGGUCAGGAUGGUCCUGGAUGGACAGGAAUCAGACCCUCGUCAGAUCUACCAGUAUCACUUCCAGACCUGGCCAGACUAUGGUGUUCCUGCAGACCCUGGCAGCGUGCUUAACUUCCUCCAUGUUGUGAACGCCAGACAAGAGAUGAUUGAUGACAAAGCUGGGCCCAUUGUUGUCCACUGCAGUGCUGGCAUUGGGAGGACCGGAACAUUCAUAGUCAUAGAUAUCAUACUGAACCAGAUCAAGGUGCAUGGUUUUGACUGCGACAUCGACAUUCAGAAGACCAUACAGAUGGUGAGGUCACAGAGGUCGGGCAUGGUUCAAACCGAGGCUCAGUAUAAGUUCGUAUACAUGGCUGUGUUGCAUUACAUGGACACUGAAGGACAGCGGCGGCAGGCAGAGCAGAAAAGCCAGAUGGCAGGGAGAGAUUACACUAACAUCAAAUAUGCCACGGGAUCUGAGAACAUGGCGCGUGCACGUAACUCGAUCCCUACAAACUCCCUUCCUCCUCAGAUAUCCAAUACACGUCUUCAAGAUAAAAAAGUUCCCAGAGCGCCACCAGACGAUGCCAACAAAGUUUACCAAAAUAUCAGCACUAUCGACACUGGCAAGGCUGGGAAGAGAUGAGAUAAACUAUCUUAGCUCGUCUCUGUGUCUCUUAUAGCUGCUUUACCUUUGGGAUCUCCACGGUAACCAUGCACGUUGCUUACACCUUGCGUUACCUUCAAAACUGAGACUCGUUUUCAUUUCCCGGAGACUUGGCGGUGAAUGUGUCCAAAAGGAAACUAUUCAUAGUAUUGUUGAUGAAGUGCUAAUAAUAUGGCAUCACAUAUAUCUGUCUUUCAUGGCUCAUGCCUGGAGCAUGAGGUGAAAGGUCAAGGUCAUUGAUGGUCAAGGCCAUUGUUGAUUAGGGUCACUGAUGGUCAAGGUCAUUGGUGUUAAGGUCAUUGUUGACGUCUGGUCAUUGAUUCCUCUGUUUUAUUUGUUAUUGUUUUUCUCUGAUGUUUCCAUAUGAAACUGAUGCGAUUGUGAAUAUAAAACUGUACAUAAUGAUCACCAUUGUUUGCGGCAGAAUUGUGAAUUUUCAAUGACAUUUUUGCCAGUGUUGAACACAGGGAGGACAUACACGUGAAAACACAACAAAGUUACGAUAUACCUGUGAUACCGGCUUAUAUGAUGUUUGUGGAAGGCUGAAAAAAAUCAAAAUAGUUGGUUUCUCAGGCAUUGACAUCUAAAAGAUCUUUGUAUCAGAAAUCUGUACCUUGUGUUUAUAUUGUCAAUUAGGCCUAAGUACACUGAUGUUUGUCAGAUUUGUUUGUCAAAGGAAGUGGAGAUUUUGUCAUUAGAUUUUUAAGUGAGAAAUCUGUUAAAAAAUAGAAUUAUUUGUUGUAUAUUAAUGCAAUCAAGUGAUUUUAUCCUUCUCGUCUAUAUGAGAUGUUUCCAAAUAAGAAUAUGUCACUUGUGUCAGCCAUGCCUGAGAAACAAGUACUUUUUUAGCCUUAUGAAACUGUGUACAAAAUAAUUUGUGUUUUGUAUUUGUGUUUUAGAAGAUCAUUGUUCUUUGUCUUCCCAACGUGCUGUAGUAAUAAUAAUAAUAUUAAUAUUUAUGUUAAUUUCCAUCUUAUGAUGAACACAAUAUGUCAUGUGGUUAUUGUGAAAGCAAGACGAUUGGUUGAAAAGUCUGGUUAAAUAGAAACUAGAGCAUGCAGUUCUCGAGUAUUUGGAAUGGAAUGAAAAAUAUUCAGUAUUUGGUCAGUUUAUUUUGCAAACAUGUUUCACUUUGGUAACUCUUGCUCAGAACUGAACGAUUUAGUUGUCAUUAAAACAUAUAAUGUAAAUUUUUGUUUGUUUAUUUUGAAAAAUAAUGUUUCCCAUUAUUUGAAAAGGGAUUAUUGGGAAUUUGAGCUUUGAUAUUUGAAUCAUUUCGCUAGAACUAUCAGUUGGAAGUAAAAUUGCUGUGCAGCAUAUAUUCCAAAACUCGGUGAAAAUUUGAUAAUCGCAUAAUGGUAAUCUCACACUUUAAUGUGGAUUUGUCUCUUCUACCAAUUCUACAAAAAGUUGACAAUUGCAACCAUAGUAACUGUCUCAUUAUAAAGGAUGUUGUAUCUGCUGUUUGAAGAACUGAUGUCAGUACUAGACUUUGAGCGUUCGGGGUAAUAAAGAACAAACUGAUAUCACUCAAUGAUGUCUUCGAUUGUCCAGUCCAUCAUUUAUAUUGUCUGGACAUAAUGCCCAUCUUUUGUCACUAGCGCCAUCUCCCUUCAUGGCCACCAUCUUGUAAAGGAUUCCUCUGCUCAAAAAUCAACAAGCAUCAAAAUGCAUUUUUCAACUCAAGUUCAGAAUAGACCUACAUUCAAAAUGGUGCGACUGUGACCUUUAUGUAUUUAAUCAAAGGAAAAGACUGUUUCAGAUGAACUUACUGUAUUCAAGGAAAAGCAUUAUGCUUGAAGAAGUUAGUGUUGUUUUUGAGAUAGUCAAGUAAAGUUGAGCCCAGUACUGGUUGUUUUAGGGAUCAAUUACGAAUUGAUUGAUGAUGCACUCUGUAAUAAAGCAUGGCUGGUCCUUUUCUCUGUAGCAUCACAAUUUACUGUGCAGGGUUGUGUCCCUUACCUGUAUCAGGAUCUGAUAGUAGGGCCAGCGUUAUAUAUUGUCGUUUGCAAUUUUGAAAGCCAAUACUGGUUAGCAGGUGGCAAAGAAAUACAAGGAAUUUGACAUUUUA